AUGACAACCGUUGAGGAGAUCCAUACCAAAGAACCCAAGACUGGAAAUGAUAUGAUGCCUACUGCAUCAGAGGACAUGCCAAAACACAUGCAUUACAGGCCUUCUGGGCAGGAUUUCGUGGGGCAGCAGGUCAUAUCUCUCUAUGCCGACGGCAACUGGUGGCUAUGGGCUUAUCACGAUGUCUACUUUGUCCAAGAGGACUGGGUUGAACGAUUCGCCAUCCAUAACGAUCUGGAAAAACCUAUCAAGGAGACAAGGACACUCGAGCGUGGCAGUCGCGUGAUCAACGGGACCGAAAUGCCUGGAGUCACUGCCGGCGUAGGUUUCUCUGGAUGGGGAUUCAGCAUGAAUGUUGGCGCAGAUAAGCAGGACAAAGUUUUCUCAUCGAACGAGACAUCGGAAGUUGUAACAUUCAAGCGAGAGUUUGACAUCGAACCGAAGAAGAGUCUCAUCGGAUACCAAAAAGUAUACACCUUUCGGCUUAAAGUAUGGUUCAUGUGA